AUGAAACCACUAAGCUACAAUAAUAGUAUUAGACAGAACCAGCGAAAUAGCAGCCACGUCUAUUUAGAGACACUUCGCGUGCCGACGGCCAUGGCUUUUCGUGAUGAGAAUCAGGAGCACGAAUAUACUGGCAGGAGUCUGCUCGCCUAUGCGGCGAUGCGAGUCUGCACGCCUGAGCGGCGGUGCCAGUCUGCUCGCCUAUGCGGCGGUGCGAGUCUGCACGCCUGCGAUGCGGUGCCAGUCUGCUCGCCUAUGCGGCGGUGUGAGUCUGCUCGCCUACGAGGCGGUGCCAGUCUGCUCGCCUACGAGGCGGUGCCAGUCUGCUCGCCUAUGCGGCGGUGUGAGUCUGCUCGCCUACGAGGCGGUGCCAGUCUGCUCGCCUACGAGGCGGUGCGAGUCUGCACGCCUGCGAGGCGGUGCAAGUCUGCUCGCCUAUGCGGCGGUGCGAGUCUGCUCGCCUACGAGGCGGUGCCAGUCUGCUCGCCUAUGCGGCGGUGCGAGUCUGCACGCCUGCGAGGCGGUGCAAGUCUGCUCGCCUAUGCGGCGGUGCGAGUCUGCUCGCCUACGAGGCGGUGUGAGUCUGCUCGCCUACGAGGCGGUGUGAAUCUGCACGCCUGCGAGGCGGUGCAAGUCUGCUCGCCUACGAGGCGGUGCAAGUCUGCUCGCCUACGAGGCGGUGUGAGUCUGCUCGCCUGCGAGGCAGUAAGCUAUCGGAUAUGCUGAGCUCCAAUCGGCUGCGACACAAGUCUGAUGGAACGACUUGGAAGGCGCAGAAGGUGCAGGAGUUCUGUGGUGCUGCUGCUGGUCUUCGUGGGCGAAGAAUUCUCAUCAGGGAGGCCGAGCUAAUAACCGAUUGUGGUGCUUGCUAUGUCAAGCCCUACGGUCGGUGUCGCGUCACUAGUUGGCGCGGGUGGAGCUGUCAGAGGAUCGUCCGCCAUUACCGCGUCGUGCUAUGAAUUGUCCCAAGCUACGCUCUGUUUUCUAAGUGUUAUGUAUUAAAACCUGUAUUUGAUGAUGUCUGGUGUUUUCCCC